AUGCCGUUCGUCGACGACUCGCUCGUGGACCAACACGAGGCCAGGGCCGAGGCGGCGCGCGCGUGCUUCUUGCAGCACGACGUCGACGGCAGCGGAAGCAUCGACGCGAGCGAGCUCGCGGCCGCGCUCGAAUCGUUGGGAUUGAGAGAGCCGGGAGAGUCGGAUGAAUCCUUCCGCGCGCUCGUCGGGCGAUGCAUGCACGAGCACGACAUCAACGGCGGCGGGACGCUGUCGUUCAACGAGUUCAGUCAUCUGUACAACGCCGUGAGGGGCGUCGCCGUGGAGAACGCGAGAGGCACCGGCGGUUUCGCGGUGGUGCGAAAAGCGACGCACGCGCGGACGAAAACGCAGUACGCGAUCAAGAUAAUCAACCUCGACGUCGACGGCGACGCGGGGCACGCGUCGCCGAACGCGAACGCGACGACGACGCGCGGCGGCGACGUCGACGACGAAGAGGAGCACGAGAGGGCGUCGAUCGAGGACAUCGCGGACGAGAUAAAGGUGCGUUCUAUACACUGGUCCCCAUACGACCGCGUAGGCGAUGUGGACGCCGAUCCUUAA